UUCCUCCCCCGUUCCCCUCUCCUCCUCCUCCUCCUCCUCCUCUCCCGGUGGAGUGCCCCAAUCCUCCUCUUCCUCCCUCCUCAACCCUACUCCGACUCCGACGCGACGCGCGAGACAGCGGCCGCGGAGCAAACGAAAACUAAAAAAAGGGGGGGAGAUCGCGACGGGAUAAACGCUUGCGCCCGCCCCGAUCCGAUUCCCGCUCGCGGGGGGCCGGAUUGGAUUGGAUCCUCGGAUCCCCCCAGCGCGGAGGCGAAUUCAGGGCCCAGAUCCCCGCGAUUCCGGCGCCGGCGGCGGGGAUGAGAGGCCGGAGGGCAUGCCUGUGGUGGCGGCGGCAGGAGUGAGGCGGCGGCGACACCAGCAGCGGCAGCGGCACCACCAGCGGCGGCGGCGGCGGGACAGCCUGUGUUUGAGGCCGGAGAGUAGCGGCCGUCCAGGAGGGGGUGGCGGUGGGUGAUCCGGGGCCCGAGGCGGCCGUGCCAUGUCUCGCUGCUUCCCGUUUCCGCCACCAGGAUAUGAGAAGACCGCGCGCCCCGACGCCCAGCUAGUCUCCAACCUUCAGCAGCUCGACAAGGAGAAACACAAAGAGAAGAAGCAUAAGAAGGACAAGAAGGACAAAGAUAAAAAAGAAGGUAAAGAAAAGAAGGAUAAAGACAGGAGUAAGGAUAAGCACAAAGAUAAGAAAGAUCGAAAAGAAAAACACAGAGACAAGAAAAAAGAUAAGAGCAAAGAUAAAAGCAGGGAGUCGGUAGAAGGAAUUGAAAGACAUGAUGAGGUUCUCCAUGAUCAGAAGGUUGGAGAGAGCAGCAGGAAAUCUGAAGAAAUUAAGGAUCUUAAAUCCAGGGAGGAUUUGGUCAGAAAGAUACCGGAUGAGAAAGGGGCGGCGAGUCGACCUAUUGAAAAUCAUGCUGUUUCAAAUGAUAGAAGUCGCGGAGGCUUCAGUGCAUCACCUGCAAUUGAGAAUGAAAGACCUGCAGUUAAUAAAAUGCAUAUUCAUUCUAGUAAUGCUUCAAGGAAAAUUGAGGGGUUGGGACAACAGAACAUCAACAUCAAUCAACAAAAGAAUGGGACAUCGAUGCGGCAUUCUGAAAACUUCACUACUUCAGCUCAGAGACCUGCUGCUGGCUUUGCACCAGCACCUACGAUGGAGGAAAGAGGCAGAGUUGGGAGGCCUCCCUCCAAUACUGAAGCCACACCAAGAAAAGAGGGGAUUGGACAGCGAAUCAGUAACAUUAGCAUAUUGGUUCAGAAGAGAACUGAGACUACAAACAAAGAUCUUGCAAAGAAAGAAGUUGGCACCACCUCGCCAUUGCUUCCAAAUCAUGCUAAUACUAUGCAGAAAGGAAAUGGCAAGGUUGGUAGGCCAAUGGAGAACACAGCAGUAUCCAUGCAGAGACUGGACAGUCCAUCGACAUCCAGCGCAGCAGUGGGGAUGGAUAGAGGAAUACCCAGGUCAACUAUCCCAAGCCCAAGCAUUACAAUUCGGAGACCAAAUGGAAUGGUGCGGUCAUCUGAAAACCUUUCUGCCUCUGCUAAUAAACACGAUGCUGGAGCCCUUUCUCCUGCUAUGUGGAAGGAAAAGGAACAUGGUGGAAGGUUGCCACAGCCUAAUAUUUCAACUGAUCAGAAAGUGGUUAUGUCAAAACCUCCAGCUGCGGUCAAGGCUGCAGAUGGAAGAGCUGAAAGGAUGGAGAAGGUCAGAGAUGGGGCACCUGAUGUUGCCAAGAAAGAGGACAAGAAAAGUGAUCGGCAUGAGAAAAAGAAAAGGAAAGAGAAAGAUAAACACAAAGAGAAGAAAAAGGAGAAAGAGGCAAAGAAGGAGAAAGCAGAACAUAAUCACAAAGAGCAUGACAAGCUAAAAGAUAACAGUAUAAAUUAUCCGAUAGAUAGUCUUCAGUUGAAGCCCUCAGCCCCUCCUUUAGCCCCACCGGUUGAUGAUGGAAAAUCUAAAUCUGUUGUGCCUGAUGAGAAGAAGCGAAAGAGUCAUGAGACGAAUGGUUACUUACAAAACAUUCAUGAUAUGCGGCCUACAAAGUUGCCGAGACCAGCCCUCCCCAACAACCGUGUGGAGAAUGGUAACGCAUCUCAUGUAGCCGCGCCACUCUCUUCUGUGAAGCCAGAAGCCGUAAAUACUGAAAAGGCUGAAAGGCUCCACAAGAAGGAAGAGAAGUUCAAUGGCAACCAACAGGCUCAGCAGCAACCGCCAGUCGAUCCAGUGGCUGCAUAUGAAAAUGGCAUGCCUUCUAGGAAGUCACCUCACCCUGACUGCAAGUAUCUUAGCCAGAUAUACAGCAUUCCUGAAGCACCUCAAAUGACGGAAUGGUCUGAGCAUGAAGGUGAGGACUGGCUGUUCGACCAAGGUAGCAGCACCCAAUUAAGGAAGAGCGAUUCGGAGCUUGAGGCUGAUGGAGCUCCCCAAGUGUGGGCUCAGGCUCUGAAAAUUGACCCUGCUGAUGUCAUUGCUUUACCGUAUGUCAUCCCGUUUUAGGUUGCUGAGUGGUGAUCGUCUGAAGCUGAAACAUCAAAGAACAAUGCCAACUCUGCUUGUUUCUGCUAGUGCUCUUGCUAUGACUUGAGUAGCUCGGCAUGCUUGUGAUAUUUCAUACAUUCACAGGUAGCUGUUGUCAUAACUGCAUGCACCCUUCCUAGUUUGGUGCAUGGCGUGCAGCACUUGUGUGAGGCAGACGUUGGCAGGGGGAGUAGCCCAGUUGAUUGCUGCAUUGAGAAACAGACUGUUGGUUGCCAAGAGACUGCAUUCUGUAACGAAGUGGUUAGCUGUUAUCGCUGCACAAUUUUGAUCUGUAAGGUGUAAAAGCAUUUUAAAUACCAAAAUGUACAUUAGAGAGGGGGCUGAGGAGAGGGAAGACUUAGAUUCUUCAUUUAUAGUAGUUGGAUGGAUUUGAGCUGCUGCUACCUGAGAAAGAUGUGCUUCUGCUUUAUUUAUUGGGAAAAAAAAAAGUUGGCACUUCACCUUGACCUGCCUUGUGUAUAUAACUCUAGUUUGCAUAGAGACCAUAGAUGCUGAGGUGUCUUACCUGAGGUUGUAACUUUACUUGUUGGUCGGCAUUUGAUGUUAUAGACUCGUCAAUAUCACAAGUGAAUUUUGAAUUAGCGUAUCAUUUGACCUUU